AUGACAGACCAAAACUCAACAACAUCUUCUACCAGUCCUAAUGGUCCUGAAUACGCUACAUACAACCUAGCCUUCAACAAAUCCGAUGGCGACGUCGAGAAAUGGAUUUAUAGCAGCGUAUAUGGGUCAAAAAAAGAAGAUCCCGUCAUACUACCGGCAAGUGGGAGAUACAAAGUGAGGUUGGAAUUCAACUAUGUCUCCAAACCAGAAGCUUUUGCUUGGCAACUAGUGAAAGGCCAGCCUACUGAUGGAAAUUACUUGGCCCUGCUCUCUGGAGACCUUUACAAGCAAAUUAUCUACAUUCAGUGCAUGGAGACUGGAAAGCAUAUAGCUCAUCCCGUCGAACUCGACGAACCGCGUGCAGAACUUGAAUUGGGUGAGUUUGAACUAUAUCCAGGGUCCUAUGAGUUUUUACUUCUCCUUUUGAAGGUGCAAAUACAUUGGUUCCUUGAAGAAGAUGAAGAUAUUAUCAAACUCGUUGAAGAAAAGGACCGAAACAUCAAGUUCUUCGUGAAGGUGAAAUAG